GACUUCCUUUACAGCCCUUGUGCUCACGUACAUUGGAAGAUGGAUGAUCGGAUCUCUCCGUGUCGUCCUCCGUAUCUUUGACAGGGACCAACAUAUGUCCCCAAACAUAUCCCCAGGAUUUCCUCUGCACUCUCCUCCUUCGCUCUCCCAUGCCUGUUUACCUUCCACGCCACUGUUGUCUUCCCCUUCCUUCCUUCCUUCCUUCCUCCCCUGGUUAUAAAUAGCCCCCCAACUUUUCUUCCAUUCUUCGCACACAGCUAUCUCGAAUCACCUCAGCCGAUGUCUCCGCAGAGACUUAGCCACAUACCACCAUCCUUUCUGAUAACUCUCCCGCAGGGCCUCCUCGAGCUGGAUAUCGCCGAUAGGAUCUACGUGGAUCCCGACACCACCACACGGUUCUCUACCGACUUCGGCCGCCUCACCAGAGCGCCCCCUUCGGCCGUGCUCUACCCGUCGUCCCCCGACGACAUUGCCGCCCUCGUCCGGUUCUCCUACUUCUCACCCCACCCCUUCACCGUCGCCGCUCGAGGCUGCGGCCACUCCGUCAGAGGCCAGGCCCUUGCACCUGGCGGCGUGGUCGUCGACAUGCCAUCACUAGGCCGUGGCCGCGACGACCGGAUCAAUGUGUCACGGGGCGAUGGGUCCUCCUUCUGGUACGUCGACGCCGGAGGGGAGCAGCUUUGGAUCGACGUCCUGCAUGAAACGCUCAAGCAUGGUCUUGCACCCCGUUCAUGGACUGAUUAUCUCCACCUGACCGUCGGCGGGACUCUCUCGAACGCCGGAGUAAGCGGCCAGGCCUUCCGGCAUGGUCCACAGAUUUCCAACGUCUACGAGCUGGAAGUCGUCACCGGGAAAGGUGAGAUGAUGAGAUGCUCCCAUAACGAGAACCCAGCGCUGUUCUACGGAGUCUUGGGAGGUCUUGGCCAGUUGGGCAUCAUUACCAGAGCUCGGAUCGCCGUGGAGCCUGCACCGGAACGGGUCCGGUGGGCGCGGCUCAUCUACACCGACUUCGUCUCCUUCACCCGGGACCAGGAGCUUCUGAUCUCGAUGUCGGAGGAGGGAUUUGAUUACGUGGAGGGAUCGCUGCUGAUGAUGGAUCACAGCCUAAUCGGCAACUGGAGAUCUUCCUUUUUCUCGGACAGGGACUGGGAGAAGGUAAAGCUGCUCGCAUCCCAGUUCGGUGCCAUCUACUGCUUGGAAGGAGCUGUGUACUACGAGUUGGCCACGGCAUCUUCGGUUGAUCAGAAACUUGACUCCUUUCUUAAGCAGCUGAGCUUUGUCCCCGGCUUUGCCUUCGCCAAAGACGUCUCCUACAUGGCUUUCCUCGACAGAGUCCACGACGGGGAGAUGAAACUACGUUCCAUGGGACUCUGGGAUGUCCCCCAUCCAUGGCUGAACAUAUUUGUGCCCAAGUCUAGAAUACGAGACUUCGAGAUCGGGGUGUUCAAGGGCAUCCUCAAGCCUAACAAUUCCAUGGGGCCAGUGUUGAUAUACCCCUUGAAGAAGAACAAGUGGGAUGAAAAGAUGUCGGCGGUGAUCCCAGACGAAGAGAUCUUCUACUCGAUAGGUCUGCUGCGGUCUGCGAUAAUGGGUGAUUGGGAGCACUUGGACGACCAAAAUGAUGAGAUACUGAGGUUCUGUCAUCGGGAAGGAAUCGAGUAUAAGCAGUAUUUACCUCACUUUACAGCACAGACAGAUUGGAUGAAACACUUCGGCCUCAAAUGGAACGUGUUUGUGGAUCUAAAGAGGCGAUACGACCCGAAACUAGUAUUAUCACCAGGCCAACGUAUCUUUGCAUCCUCGCUUAUAGAACAUGUCUCGGAGCAAGAGACACUUUUUCUCAAGCUUUAUUAGCUUGGGAGGGAGAAGACAUGAAUGAGCUCCCCAGCGCAGGUCAUCAUCUUAAGCCAUAAUCUAGACCUCCUUUUCUUUCCGAGAAACAGUAUCGGCAAUGUCUCACCUGCAUUGCAUGUCCAGAAAUCUAGCGUACUUCACUUGCAU